AGCUUUCGGCGCGGUCCACUUGAGCAGUUGGUUCCCGGCCGCGGCCGCACGGUCAGUCAGCGUUUCUGUGCCCAGCGCACUUCUCCUGAGGCUGGCUGGGGAGGAUUUCCCGUGGCCGGGCUUUUCCUGUCCCGGGGAUGGACGCUUCCUGGCGCCAGGUGGCCACUGGCCGAGGCCGAGCCCGAGGACGGGCCACCGCAGUGCCCCUCUCAGGAAAUGGAGUGCCUUCUGGUGGCGCUGGAGGAGGGCGAGCCAAAGGAUCUGGGGGCACGGUGUCUUCGGGUCCCGGCCCCGGGGGAGCAGCAACUCUGGCCCCCUCGGGUCGCAGGCAGCGCUCAGCUGGAGGCGAAGCCCCGCAGCCCCCGGGGGCCCGCGGUGAGGAUGGUUCAGGUGAGGAUGGUUCAGAGUUAAUUUCUCAGAAGAAAUUUGAGGAGAUCAAGAAGGCCAAUCAAGCUGCAGCCAGAAAGCUGAUGGAGGAACAUUGCAGCUCUUCCUCUGAAGAAGAAGGGGAUGAAGACUUUGAAGGAAAACAGGGGAAAAUUGUUGCUAAUACAUUCAUAACAUACACUACUCAUACAGAUGGAGAUAUACGUGAAUUAGAGCGAACGAAACAGUAUCUGAAUGAGGCUUUCCAAGCAGGGGCUAUGACGUGCCUGAUUUGUAUUGCUUCAGUGAAGAGGAACCAGGCAGUUUGGAGCUGUUCAGGAUGUUUCUGUAUAUUCCAUAUGCCCUGUAUUCAGAAGUGGGCUAAAGACAGCCAGUUUCUUGUAUCUUCUGUGACAGAUGAUGAUUUUGGAAAGAAAGAUUACCCCUGGCCAUGUCCAAAAUGUAGAUUUGAAUACAAAAGAUCAGAAACACCUAGUAGAUAUUAUUGCUACUGUGGGAAAGUAGAAGAUCCACCUUUAGAUCCAUGGCUUGUACCUCAUUCGUGUGGCCAAGUAUGUGAGAGAGAGUUUAAACCUUCUUGUGGUCAUAAAUGUUUACUACUCUGCCAUCCAGGUCCCUGCCCUCCUUGUCCAAAGAUGAUCACAACCACUUGUUAUUGUAAGAAAGCAAAACCUAUACCUCGUAGGUGCAGUGCCAAGCAGUGGUCCUGUCAGCUGCCAUGUGGGCGGAAGCUGCUGUGUGGGCAUCAUAAGUGUGAAAAUCCUUGCCAUGCAGGAAACUGUCAGCCUUGUCCAAGAGUUAGUAGACAGAAAUGUGUAUGUGGCAAAAAAGUAGCAGAAAGAAGUUGUGCAAGUCCAGUGUGGCACUGUGAUCAAGUAUGUAGAAAGACACUGCCAUGUGGUAAUCAUACAUGUGAGCAAGUUUGUCAUGUUGGUGCUUGUGGAGAGUGUCCUCGAUCUGGGAAGAGGUUCUGCCCAUGUCAGAAAUCAAAGUUUUCUUUGCCUUGUACAGAAGAUGUACCAACUUGUGGAGACAGCUGUGAUAAAAUACUUGAAUGUGGAAUCCAUAGGUGCUCACAGCGUUGCCACCGAGGUCCUUGUGAAACAUGCAGACAAGAAGUGGAAAAGCAAUGUCGUUGUGGAAAGCAUACAAAGAGAAUGCCUUGUCACAAGCCUUACCUUUGUGAAACAAAGUGUGUUAAAAUGCGGGACUGUCAAAAGCAUCAAUGUAGGAGGAAGUGUUGCCCUGGAAACUGUCCACCUUGUGAUCAAAAUUGUGGACGGACUUUGGGAUGUAGAAACCAUAAGUGUCCGUCUGUCUGCCACAGAGGCAGUUGCUAUCCAUGCCCAGAAACGGUAGAUGUGAAGUGCAACUGUGGUAACGCAAAGGUGACGGUACCCUGUGGCCGAGAGCGGACCACAAAGCCACCUAAGUGCAAAGAGCUGUGCAGUCGACCACCAACAUGUCAUCAUGCAAGUCAAGAAAAACACCGCUGUCACUUUGGCCCAUGUCCACCGUGCCAUCAGCCUUGCCAAAAAGUUCUGGAGAAAUGUGGGCACUUGUGUCCCGAGUCAUGUCAUGACCAAGCAUUAGUAAAGCAGACUGGCAGGCAUCAGCCAUCAGGACCUUGGGAGCAGCCAGCGGAGCCAACAUUCAUUCAGACGGCCUUGCCUUGUCCUCCGUGUCAAGUUCCUAUCCCUGUGGAAUGUCUGGGGAAGCAUGAGGUGAGCCCACUACCAUGCCAUGCUGUAGGACCCUAUUCUUGCAAGAGACUUUGUGGAAGAAUGUUGCACUGUCAGAAUCAUACGUGUAUGAAAGAAUGCCACAAAGUGACUGAAGUUGAUGGCUCUACUGGCAAAAAUAAGGCUGGUCCAGAGUGCCUUCACUGUGAAGAAGGCUGUUCUAAGUCACGGCCUGCGGGUUGUCCUCACCCUUGUGUUUUGCCAUGUCACCCUGGAAAAUGCCCUCCUUGUGUCCAGAUGCUUAGAAUAAAAUGUCACUGCAAGAUUACAAGUCUGUAUGUGGAAUGUAGAAAAAUAACCACAGCUGAUGUAAGUGAAAAGAACCUCCUCAGUUGUUGCAAGAACCAGUGCCCCAAAGAGCUUCCUUGUGGCCAUAGAUGCAGAGAGAUAUGUCAUCCUGGUGAAUGCCCCUUUAAUUGCAACCAGAAGGUAAAACUUAGAUGCCCUUGUAAAAGAAUAAAACGGGAAUUGCCUUGCAAUAAAAUACGUGAAAAUCAGGUUUCAAUUGAAUGUGAUGCAACGUGCAAGGAGAUGAAGCGGAAAGCAUCUGAGAUUAAAGAAGCAGAAGCCAGCGCUGCUCUGGAAGAAGAAAGACGGAGACAGCAGGCUGAACUGGAGGCUUUUGAAAACAGACUGAAGGGCCGUCGGAAGAAGAGCAGGAAACGAGAUGAAGUGGCGGUGGAGCUCUCGCCUUGGCAGAAGUAUAAGUUCUACCUCCUUCCAGUGUGUGCAGUUGUGGUGGCAGUGCUUGUGUGGUACAUCUUCCAUGGUGUGAAUUAAUGAUCCUUUAAUCUUCUGACAUACCUCAGACUGGAGUUACAUAAAUGUUGACUUUCAGACAUUAGGAAACAUGCAUUGUAGCGUAUGAUCCACAUUCACUUUCCUCACUAUGUUCUUGUCUGGCUGUAGGUAGGACAGAAUGUUUAGUGUCAUCUGAGUCAGUGUCCCUGGGGCAGUGAGACACUGUCUACAGUCAGCAUGACUGCAGCUGUAAAACAAGUGUCGCUGUGCCUCUGUGUAUUAAGUUAGUCUUUCUCAUCAGAUAUGUCUAUGUUCAAAGGUAAAACUGAGCCAUAUGUGCAGCAACAGUGAUUUCUCUGGUCACUUACUGGGUACUUUUCUUGAUCAUGUAACUUUCUACUUUUUUAAAGAAAUGAUUCUGUAAAAGAAUCUUAAAUUCUAACAGGAAGCUUUAUAAUUAGAUUUCAGGUUAGUUUAUCAGGAAUUUUUAUUGGUCAUUGAAGCAAAUUUUACACUACAUAUUCUUCAGAAAAUAUAAACAAGUGCCAGACUAGGUUCCUUUUAGGAGGUUGGUUUUUUUCUUUUUUCUUUUUGGUACAAGAAGCUUUAACUGAUGUUGGCAUGUUUUGUAAAACUUGUGUGUAUCUUUUUAUGAUAAUAAUAAAGGAAAACUAAUAUUUAUGAGCAAUAUGUGCCGAGCACAGGGCUUGUGGGCUUUAUGUACUUGAUUCCAUUUUUUUUUACUGUAAUUCUUGAUAUAUUACAGCUGAGAAUAAUCCAUUUUGUGAAAUCAAACUGAUAGAGAAAUAAUAAGCCAAAUUCCAUAGAUUUAUAAGCCAUCUAAAGUAGUUUUGCUAUUUAAUUUUAUGAUUGUUUUCAUUAAAAAUUUUCAUACCAAA